AUGGUCGAUUCCGAUGAUGAAUAUCGACAAGAAAUGGAUAAAUUCAUGCGGAAAGAGUUAGCGGCGAUUAGAGUCGAGUUGAUGGGAAAUAAUGAAGAAAAGCCAACUCAGCCAGUUCCGAUUCCUCAAAUUACAAAAAUUGAGCCAAUUAUACGGAGUGAGCCGCCAGAUUCAGUGCGACAACGAAUUAUGCAAAAUAUUCCGCCUGAAAUCGCUCGACAACCAUCAUCACCACCACAACUUCCAUUCAAUAUUCAACCUCGCCUCUUCCCGCCUCGUUUCGUUUCUCCGCCACGUUUUUCUCCAUUCGUUUCUCCAGAAAUAUCUCCAGAAGUAUCUCCUUCUAAAGCAAUCCGUCCUACAGUAUCCCCACCUACAGUAUACCAAGCUGUUCCUACGGUGGCUCCUCCUCCUACAGUAUCCGCUCCUAUAGUUACUGCGUCUACAGUAACCCGAGCUGCUUCUACAGUAACCCGACCGGCUCCUACUGUAACUCCAGCUGCAUUUACUGUUCCUACGGUGGCUCCGCCCCCUACAGUAACCGCUCCUACAUUAUUUCCACCUACAGUAUUUGCUCCUGGUCCUACAGUAACCCCUGCUGCAUUUACUGCUCAUACGGUGGCUCCGCCCCCUACAGUAACCCCAGCUGCAUUUACUGAUCCUAGGAUGUCUCAUCCUACAGUAGCCGGUCCUACAUUAUCUCCACAUAAAGUAUUUGGUCCUGCUCCUACAGUAACCCCACCGGCUCCUCCUACAGUAACCCCAGCUGCAAUUACUGUUCCUACGGUGGCUCCGCCCCCUACUGUAGCCGUUCCUACAUUAUUUCCACCUACAGUAUUUGGUCCUGGUCAUACAGUUACCCCAGCUGCUCCUACAGUAACCCCACCGGCUCCUGCUCCUCAACAAAUGCCACUGAUGAGACCGAAUAAACCAGAGGAGACGCCAUUAAAGUUGAGAGAAGAAGUCCACUUUGAAUUCGUACAUGUUCCACUCAUUCCUACGGCUGCAAAUCCACCACCACCGCGUCAGAGAUCGAUUCCACCACCUCCAGUUACAGGUCCACAGGCUCAACCACGUCCGACGCGUUCGAAUGCUGAUAGGAUUCCGUUACAGCACCGUCCACCACCGCCUCGAAGAACUGAAUCACCGCAAUUCCAAACCCGUCAACCACCACCAGUAGAUUUCCCACUUAUCGAAAGUGACACAUCGAUUUAUCAUGGAAAUCGUGGAAGAAAUAGGCCAAUUACUCCAUUAUUCGAGCCAGAACCGCCUGUUCACCAAUUGGAACAGUCCACUUGGGUCGAUGAGACUCUUGUGGAUUCAGAACACCGAAUGAAUCCAAACGAGGCGAUAUUUCUCAGCGAUUCGAGCACUGACGUGAUUCCAGACAGAAUGUUUCCAGAAUUAUGUAGAGAUUUCCGGACUCAACAAGAGAUUCAAGACGAGCAGAGAGGACGAAUGAAUUCGAGAUUUCAGACGGAUUUUGAGAGAAGAGAAUCGACGGAGAAUUGGGAGAGACCGUCGACUGCAAUGUCAUCGAGAAGACCGCCCAUCUUACCGCCGCCCAGUAAGGGAAGAGUAGCCAAUGGAAUUUUGAAUCAGACGAUUGUGUCCAAUGCGCCGGCGCCACAUAUGGGCUUUGAACGGUAUCGACAGAAUCCGCAUCACGACGACUUCUCAUUCGAUGAACCCAACCAACCAACGUCUUCCAAUCAAAUCUCCCGUAGAUCACAACUCGUCGCAACCACAACAGAGACCUACAAUUCUCAAAUCGAUCCGAAUAAUUUCAAUCCGGAUUCAUGGACGACUGAGGCGUUGGAGAAGAUGCAUGAGGAGCAGUUGAAGGAGAUUGUCAAUUUUUUCUAUGAAAGUGGUCCACAUCUGAAAUUCAAGGAAUCCUAUCCGUUUUUGGCGGAAGGAAUGAUACAGAAGGACUCACAGACGAAUAUGCUGAAAGUGUUCUCAUCUCGUCUCGGAAAGAUUUUGAUUCAAGAUACGAGAAUCAAGAAAUCAGAGGAUUAUGUGUAUUUUGUGGUUAUCAAGGCUGGAGAUUAUAGAGGAUUCUACUACGACACUCAUCCGAAGUGUCUGAUCUCUGCCAAGUUUCCGACGGUCGAACGUAUCGUCCUCCGUGGAUACGCAAUUCUUGCUCAUCCAAUCGGAUCGAGAGAGGAUUCUUUGAAAGAAAAUCGUUGGAUUUGUUGGAAUGACUCAUUGGGUCUGAUGUCAAUUAUUAGUGGAGCCGCACGUACUCCAUUGAAGAAACAACCCGUUUGGGAUAAGCAGUUGGAUAUCAUCUCAAUCCAUGCGAACUUUGAAAAUAAACGAUUUGUGGUCACUAAAGUGGUCGGACUCACGAAUACUGGCGAGAAACAGAAACAGUUUCCAGAGGAGGUGUUCCUUAUCAGAGAUGGUGUCUAUCGCAGAACUCACGAAGACGAUAUUGUAUUCUAUUCGUCGUCUAUCAAAGCUGAAAUUGUCAUCAAGAAGAUACUUGUUGGAGAAGUCGAUAUCUAUGGCCAUAAUCCACUCGAUAUAGUUGUCGUCCCCUACUUCCCCCGCUCCACGGCUCUCGAAUUUCGUGCCCUCCUCAUCAUCCAUAUGCCGGAUAUGUUCUGGAGUCGAGACAAAGAAUGGAUUCGAGAGCUUCUCGCUGAAAGAACCAAAGCAUACAUUCGUUAA